AGAAGGGCGCACAGCACAGAGCCGCAGAGAGCUGGGGGCGCAGUCCCGACUCCCUCCACGCGCGCCGCCCGUGCCCACGCCCAGACCGGCCACGGGAGGUGAGGAACCCGCUAACGCCCUUCAGAGUACGGACCCAAGGAACCUCACAACUCACCAGCCCCGCGCCGCAAAAUCCGAGUCCCUCCAGUCAGCAGAAGCGCAGGCUUCGCGGAGCCUCCUGGUGACUUCGCGCGAGACUUCAGCUAUAGCGAGAGAAGACUAUUGCGCCUGCGCAGACCCACCGCGCUUCCGGCGCCUGCCAAUUCAAACCAGUGGCGGGGUGGUGGGAAGUUGGAGUGUUGCUGCUGUUUCCGUCGCCUUCAUCCAUGGACCUGAUCCAGGCGUUCUGCGGGAAGCUGCGGUUCCUGGCCAGCACGCUAGACUGCGAGACGGCCCGGUUGCAGCAAGUGCUGGACGGAGAGGACAGCGGUUGGUGAUGUACAGAAAUGUGACUAUAUUCUCACUGAAGACAUGUUCUAGAAAGUUAAACAAGAGCAUAACAGUUGCAAACUAGACACAACCCAAAGUUCAUCAACAAUAAAACAGAUUUGAUCUGCAGUGGAAUACUAUACAGCAAAGAGCAUGGAAUUUGAAGAUGAUCCAAUGAGGAUUUUACAUGACCUUCAUUCAGAAGUCUGGGCUCUGAAGGAUGAUGUUAAUAUUCUUCUUGAUAAAGCAAGAUUGGAAAGUCAAGAAAGCAUUGGUUUUAUUAAGGCAACAAAACUACUGAUGAAAAAAAAUGCAACGGAUAUCAUAAAAAUAAGAGAGUUUUUCCAGAAGUAUGGAUAUAAUCCACGUGUCAAGGAAAAUUCAGUCUCCGAACAGGAAAUCACUGAUUUCACCCCAAAGAUGGCCAGCUGUGAUCAUGUUCAAAGUCCUCGUGCGAAGGACAGCCUGUCUGAUCCAUCUGCCCCAGGUGGUUCAGUUUCUGAGGAGCCUCUGCGUAGUCCACAGCUUGCAGAUUUUGGACUGGAGCGGUAUAUGAUACCUCAGCUUCUACCAAACCCUCCACAAGCUGUAAGCAGCCACAAGGACGAGCCCAUAAUUGGAACUCCAUCUACCAGACAGUCAGUAGUUAAAAUACUAAAAACUCCAAAAUGUGCUCUAAAGAUGGAUGAUUUUGAGUGUGUAACUCCUAAAUUAGAGCAUUUUGGUAUCUCUGAAUAUACUAUGUGUCUAAAUGAAGAUUAUACAAUAGGACUGAAAAAUAUGAAGACUAUCAAAAGUGAGGUGGCUGUAGAAACAGAACCCAUGAUCAGUGAUGAUGGCUUUGCCACUCCUGGCCCCAUAAUGCAGCAGUUGGAAAAAAGAGAUACCAAGUAUACAGAUUCCCCUUUGACACCUACAUUCUGCACUCCUGGUUUGAAAGUUCCUUCUACAAAGAACUGUACAGCUUUGGUACCCACAAACUAUGCAUUAUCAGAAACACACAGUUCAUCAAAUGAUUUUGAAGUUAAAGAUUGUACUUCAUUAGUUUUAAGUUCAUAUCAGUGCUUGGAGAAUUUUGCAGACCCCUCCUCUCCUACAGUUUCGUCUUAUGAGAAUCUGCUCAGAACACCCACACCUCCAGAGGUAACUGCUAUUCCAGAAGAUGUUCUCCAGAUUUUGUCAAAAUACAAACCGAGCUACUCCAGUAGCAGUGAAAGCAGUGCCUCCCAGAAAAGGGCUCCUCAAAACUGAAGGAUGGAACAUGCCAGAGGUUGGCAACAAAGAAAACUGACAAAAAAAUUCUACUGGAUCCAUCCAUUAUAGAAACUGAACAGACUAAGAACGAAGCAAAGCUGGAUUUGUUAUUUACAUGCCUUUCCCAUUACAGGGGAAUAAGGAUCAGAAAGGUUUAUUAUAGAUGGUGGCAAUAAAGAUUUAGGUAUUGGUUUGUCUGCAAAGGGUUCUCCAGUUGUUUUAAGACAUAUUUUUUUUUUUGGUAUCAGGGAUCAAACUCAGGACCUUGCACUUUCGAAGCAGGUGUGGUGGCACUGAGCUGUAUCUCCGGCCCUUCCAGUUGUUUUAUGAUAGCUUUGGCCCCUCAAAAUUAGUUUGUCUAAAAUGUAUCUUUCCCUUACACCCUCUAGCUUGUUGCUUAGACCAGUGAUAGUUGCUUAAACCAGUUAACUCCUAACUUCUCGUGUUGCGAUCUUUUAAGACUCUGGAGAUUUGACGCCCCCACCCACUGCAGCAUGUGCCCUGGCCAUACAACCUGUCCAUUUCUCUCAUUCUUCCUGCCUCAGGGCCUUGCACCUACUGGCUGCUCUCUACCUAGAGAUCCCCCACCCCACCCCCAAAUCUGGUUCACCGACUUUCUCUCCCUGUGUAAGUCCAGUGCACUAUCCAUUGUGCCACAGAGCCACCUCUCCUGAAAGAGUAACAGCUGCCCGUUUUCUGCUCUCUACUACUACACUUAAGAACAUACGGCCCAGCUUUGCCUCAACCAAGUGGCUCCACAACUGACCUUGCCAGAAACUGACUGUGCCCCAAGGAAGCAGGUAUGAGCCAGUGCUGGGGCUUCAGUGUGCUACUGUCUGGGGUGCACAAGGAGCCCACACACAGGCACCCUAGCAUCCUUGAGGUAGGAUGGCAUCAGGCAGCUGUACUCCUGGAUUUCUCAGGUGAAUGAUCUAUUAACUUGGGGUUAUCCAGCUGGAGUUCUCUUGUUAUUUCAGACUUAAGUCCUGGAUGAAUGUUUCAGGGCUCUGGUUAAAUGUAAUUUUACCAAAGACUUCACCAGUGUAACAUCCCUCACACUACUUGGCACCUAUAGUAAGGUAUUUGUUGGGGCAUAUUUUUAUGUUCUUCCCCCAGUUGACAUGCUCAGAGGCAAAGACAGAGGGCAAAAGACUUGCUUGCUACGUUCAUUAUCCUGGUAUCUAGCAUAUGUAAAGAAUCAGUGAGAACGUCAGUUACUGAGAUUUUACUCUGCCAGGAAUGGUUCUAAAUGUAAUUUAGUUAAUUCUUGGAUCUAAGGUAAGCACUUUUUUUUUUCAGAUGAGGAGUCUUAGCCUUUGAUUACUGACUUUUCCUUCCUGUCAGAAAAAAAAAGCCCUGAGUUGUCAUUUCCUCUUCUGUUCAUCCUGUAUCCUUUAUUUGAUCAUAAGUCCCACUUCUUUAGGACUUAGACAAAUACCUUUGUCAUCUCCAAAAAACUUGUAUUACCGCAUCGCACUGCCUUCAGUAGCCAUUUUUUUCUUCUUUGUGAUACUCCUGGGUCACCUUUUACCUAAGCAUUUGUACCUUGCUAGAUUCUUGAGACUUACUGAUCUUUGUACUGGCAGGCCCACAAUACCUGAGAUAGAAGACAGGCUACUGAAAGUGCCAAGAGAAGCUCAUCAGAAAUGGGGGAGUACUGCAGAUUUUCUGCCAGCUUCCACUAGCUCUAGAAUUUAGAUUUUGAAAACCCCUUGGGAGGUUCACUUUCUUUUAUGAUAGUGAGUUGAAUCCAGAGCAUGUGCACUGAGCCAUACCCUGGGCCUAUUUUAAGACAGGGUCUUGAUAACUUGCUCAGGCAGGACUUGAACUUUGGAUCCUCGACUGAGGCCUCCCAGGUAGUGGAAUUAUACCUGGCUAAAUGGCUUUACUUUUAUUAAAUUCUAUGAAUUUUUCUUCAAACUUGGUUGUAACUGGGCUGGCAUGCUAGCCUAGGUAGAGUUGGAAAUUCUGAACAGCAGAAAUGCCUUGUUCCUCCUUCACUUCAAAAGACCUAACACUGCUCACUGUCUCAUUGACUUUUCCUAAGUUUUGAGUUAUGGAUGUUGCGAACACUAUUUUGCAAUAAAUUCUGUAUGAUGUUCCUAGGCAAGGACUUUUGGAAUUUUUAACCGGGAAAGAAAAUAUCCCUGACUGUCUUCAUAUACUAGUAUAGACUAUUCAUGACAAGUGCUACCAGAAUAAACAUGCUUCCUUCAAACUUGUUUAAUUACAGACCCCCGGAAAUUACAGCUACUGGUAAAAGAGACCUGUGUCUAAGCAAAAGACAAAUCAGAUCCCUCAACUGGGUGCUGUUAUCACACUCAAAUUGGAAACUGACCAUAUAUGGAUGUUUGUAGUUGGUACAGCAGGUCCACUUACUACCCUAGAUGACUAUCUUGGCAGACACUUGUUAGCUGUAGGGUAUAACUUCACUGACUGACAGCAGUGUCAGUGAAGUGUGGGUGGAUAUCAGACUGCAAUGAAUCGAAGAUGAAAGGACCAUAUGCCCCACUUUUUGGGGGCAGUGCUGUGGAUUGAACCCAGAGCUUUUGCACUGAGCUACAUCCCUAGUCUUUUUUGAACCCAGGAUCUCACUAAGUUGCUCAGCCUGGGCUCAAAUCUGUAAUCCUCCUGUCUCAGCUUGCCAGAAUGGAAUGAUAGGGGUGCACUACCCCAGCCAGCUUGAUAUGCCUCACUUCUGAGCUGUUAAAAGUUGGGCUCUGAUCUGACUGGAAACCAGUCAUAGCAUCUCAGUUGUGAGGCUAAGUAAGAUGACGCAUGGUAAAUUUAGCAGUUAAAUCACUUAAAUUAAUGGUGAGCCCAGUCUGAGCACUGUCUUUUCAGUUUCACAAAAAACCAAGUUUGGAAUAUGUGUUUGAAUGCAAAGAGGUAGGCCAAGUUCAGUUUUUUAUGGAAGAGUAACAGUUUGAACCUUAGAGAAUUUUAAACCUGGCUUAACAGUUUAAUAGCUUUCUACCCCACUCACACAUGUGUGCAAAACAUAUACAACUGAUACAUGAAAUAUUACCUGUGUCAGUGAUUAGAGUCUGGGCACACAUAACAGUUCCAGUUUUGCUGGGGGGAAGCUGAGAAGACCGAGGCAGUGUCAUAUGCUGUAAUUCAGUUUCAAUGCCCACAGUGAGGCAGCCGGGCAGAUAUGAAAGCACUAAGGAACAUGCUGUUGU